CGCGAGGGGAGACUUGACGUCUCGUGGCAGCUGCUCGAGCUGAAGGACACCUGUUGCCACGGAAACAGGACCGGGGGGAAAGGCCAAAGAAAGAAAAUAUCAAUAAAAGAAAAGAAAGCCCGUCCAGGUGUUUCCUCCUCACCUGGUGAUGUCGUCUCCAGUUCUGCUCAAUCUGCUGCGCUCUGGAUGCUCCACCCUCACCAGACACACCUGCACAGCUCAGGUGGGCGGGGCUUCAUUUGGGGGGGCGGGCGUGCGGCGGGCCAGCGGGUCGGUCACAUGGGACUCAUUCGGGAUCUGGGACAACAGGAUAGAAGAACCGGUUCUGCUGCCCUCCAGCAUCAGAUAUGGAAAAGCCAUCCCUCAGGCCGGUCUGUCCCGGGUCGGCAGUGCGUCUGUUUUGGGUCUCAGGAAGCAGAACGAGGACCGUCUCCGUGUCGCCCGUAUCCAUGACAACCUGCUGUACUUCGCCGUGUUCGACGGCCACGGCGGUCCGCACGCCGCCGACUACUGCUACACCUUCAUGGAGAAGUUCAUCAGAGACGCUCUUGAGGAGGAGGACGACCUGGAGAAAGUUUUAAAGAAAGCCUUUCUAGACGUCGACAAGGGUCUACACGCACACCUGAACUACUUCAACAACGCCUCCUUUCUGACAGCCGGCACCACCGCGACGGUCGCCGUGCUGCGUGACGGCGUGGAGCUCGUGGUCGGCAGCGCCGGAGACAGCCGGGCGCUGCUGUGCAGGAAGGGACGAGCCGAGAAGCUCACCAGAGACCACACGCCGGACCACAGGGACGAGAGACACCGAAUCCGGAGGUUCGGCGGCUUUGUGACGUGGAACAGCGUCGGCGAGGCCAGCGUCAACGGGCGGCUCGCCAUGACGCGCAGCAUCGGAGACUUCCACCUGAAGGCCAGCGGCGUCAUCGCGGAGCCGGACACGCGCCGCCUCACCGUCCAGCACGCCAGCGACUCCUUCCUGGCUCUGACCACCGACGGCAUCAACUUCCUGCUGAGCGACCAGGAGAUCUGUGAUGUCAUCAACCGGUGCCAAGACCCCACGGAGGCUGCCGACGUCAUCGCUCAGCAGGCGCUGCAGUACGGCUCGGAGGACAACGCCUCCAUCCUCGUGGUGCCGUUCGGUGCUUGGGGGAAACACCAGAGCUCCACCGCCGUCUACAGCAUGAGCAGAAACUUCUCCUCUAGUGGGAGAUGGGCGUAGACGACACGCACACACACACGCACAUGCACAUGCACACGCGCACACACGCACACACACACACACACGCACACACACACACACACACACACACACGCACUUUUAAAAUAAAUUCACGCUUUAGUGUCGACUGUAUUUUUAAUUUGUGUACAGAGAGAUAGUUUUAAUAUGUUGUACAUACAGAGAUGUUUGUUUGUCUUUAUUUGUGUCUUUGUUUGUUUAUCUUUGGUUGUUUGCUUUUAUUUGUAGGGUUAGGGUUUUUGUUUGUUUGUUUAUCUUUG